AUGUUCCUUGUAAGCUCUUUUCUCCUUGAGGAUAGUGUCCCAUGGGCCGCUGACUCCAACGUAAAACGACAGGAUUCGAACUCAUGUGACUGUUGUCCUGGUCCAAGUUCCUGCAAAGAGAUUUAUGAAAAAGAUCAGCCAACCGAAAACAAAGCAUACAUGCUGCAGCUUGGCAGUCAAAAGCUUCCUGUCUACUGUCACAUGACUGGAGCUGAUCUUGGCGACUGCGGCCAUGGAGGAUGGACGCUGGUCAUGAAGACUGACGGCUCUAAGCGGACGUUUCAUUACGAUUCGCCCUACUGGACCGACAAGAGAGAAUAUGGCAUUCCUGAAGGAGAAACAGGCUUAGACCAGGAAGAAACAAAGCUACCAACCUACUGGAACACACCAUUUACCAGGAUCUGUCUCGGCAUGAAGAUUGGACACGAGACCAGGUUCAUUCUUCUCAACAAGAAGGCUAGCUCGUUGUACGCCCUGAUUCAAGAUGGUAAAUACCGCCCCACCUCACUGGUUCGUGACGCAUGGAAGUUUUUGAUCGGCCCUGAGGCCUCCCUGCAGAGCAACUGCAACAGACAAGGUUUCAAUGUUAUAGCUGGCAACUCCAUUAAUGGAAAGGCACGAAUUGGUUAUAUUGCUAAUCAAGAAAAUGAUUGCGAUUCACCCGACUCCAGGAUUGGGUUUGGCACCGGAGGGAACAACGACGACUCCAACACGUGUGGAAACGAGGCUACGCAUCAUCCAGACAACGGACACAAACACAUCAAGGCCAUGGGGUACAUCUUGGUCCAGUAAAAAGAACUGACGGAAAUGAUAAGGUUAUAAAUUAAGGGCGUAAAAUCAAGCGGGUGGAGUGAUUUGCUGUUUGAAAUUAAAACUUUUCACAGACGUGUUAUAAUUCACUGCUGGGGUGAAUGAAAUGUUGCUAUCAAAUAAGAAAUAAAAUGAUCAAAUACUAUUUCCUUGUAAGGAAUUGUAUUCCUGGGCUAUGUACGAGCUCUUUGCAAGACCCUCGUCGUGUUCCUGGCUUUGAAUGUCAGUAAACCUUCUCUCUCUCGACAGCAACACAUCUAUGAUAAAGUAUAGUCGUAACUCUUGGCAAAAACAAACGCUUUUAGAGGAAAACCUUAUUGAAGCAGUCAUCUGUUCCUGAACACCGGUUGUCAUAUUGCUAAAUCCUCCACGAAACAAAAUACGCUACCGUUUUAGUUUGCUCAUCUGUCACGAGUAUAUUGACAUGUUUAUAACGUUUAUCUAUCUGCUUAUCUGCCUAUCUUUCUGUCUGUCUGUCUGUCUGUCUAUCUUUCUGUCUGUCUGUCUGUGGCUAUAAUAUAGGCGCACAGGGCGUGCAAGAGUUAUGUCUUAUCAGGAGCAAUAAUCUGGGAAGGAGACCGUAAGCGCGCGCCAUUUCAAGU